AAUCGAGAUUAGACGACUGCUUACUAAAUUUAGUGCUGACUUUUCAUAUGUUUCACACACUGCAAACGGACUGGAAUCACGUUAACAUGAAAGAGAGUGAACUCCACAUCAAGAAUUGGAUUUGGAAGUAAAUAAAAACAAAGAUGAACAUGGAUGUAUCACAGUUAUUCAGUUCUGAAAGAUUGACUGGUGGUAGUUUGGCCGGUAUUCUGCUACUGAUGUAUAUGCCUCUAGGUGUACUCCUAACAGUACUACGCAUCUUCAUUGGUGCCCAUGUUCUUCUCAUAUCAUGUAUCCUUCCAAGAGCAUCUCUUCUCAGACGGAUUGUUCUACGUGUCAUGAAUUUAUUCCUGGGUCUUGUCAUUUCCCACGAAGGAUUGGAAAACAGAGAUCCAGCUGCUAAGGUCAUCGUAGCCAAUCACAUUUCGGUAUUCGAUCAUGUGACCAUCGGCCUGGUCGUUCCCUCUAUUGUACCCAAUGUGUGGAGUUUACCUACCUAUGUGACAUGGGCAAUGGGAUACACAGAGAUGGGGGCAAGAGAUGGGAGAACAACCCUGCUGCGUAAUCUCAAGAAACACUUUGCUACCAGUAAUGUACCUAUCGCAUCCCUACCAGAAGGUGCUAUGACUAAUGGACAAGUUGGCAUGCUGAAAUUUAGUACUUGGCCGUUUGACCUCGGGGAGCCAAUACAACCAAUCAUCCUCACAGUGAGGAGACCGUUCCUAGGAGUACACGUUGAAAGCCUCGGCAGUAGCCUCUGGAAAGACAUCUUUUGGUUUCUCUUCGUCCCAUUCACACGCUUCCAUGUGAGAUUGCUGCCGUCCCAAAGAAAGUUGGGUUCAGAAUCUUUGGAUGAUUAUUCAAGACGUGUUCAGAGUCUCAUGGCACAAGAACUAGGCACUCAGAUCACUCCAUUCACAAGUGCAGACAAGGCUGAAUACAUCAAAAGAUCCUAUGUUUACCAACCAGAAGCGACCAGGCCACAGCCUGUUCCCCAGCAGACUACACCGUCUCCCCCAUCCCAAGGGGCUUCAUCCACCACUGGUUCCCCUAACAGUACCCAGCAAGGAGACUCUGCAGCAAGGACUGAUGCUGAGAAUGAUCAACUCUGCAUGAUGGUUCAACAGGUCAAAGAAGUACUUCCACAUGUCGCUGAGGCUACAAUAAGAACAGAUCUGGGAAUAACAAAUUGUGUUGAUACCACGAUAACAAACAUCUUAGAAGGCUGUGUAUCAGUAGUGCCUCCUGAUUCUCCAGAAAGGAUAGAGCAAAAGGAGUUGGGCGGAGCCUGUGCCCCUCCUCCAUCAACCCCAUCACCAAGUUCGUUAAAAUUCUCCUCACCAACAUUUGGUAAAUCUUCCAAGACACGGCAGAUGUCCUACAAAGAACGAAAAGAUGCCCUUUUGUUUAACGCUCGAAGACAUUACAUGGAGAAGCACGGUUUGACUGCCUGACUGCCCCCUCCCCCAAUCCUAGAGACCC